AUGACAGAUAGUAAGACUCCCCAGUAUAGACAUGUUCGUGGGACCGAUACUAACAAUUAGACGACACUGGUGUUAAAAGGAGACUAAGAUUGCCGGUUUUCACUUUGAGCAGCUCGUAUAAUCAAUUAGCAGCUAUUUGCAACGACCCUGUAAAUAAUAACUCUACUUGUAACGAUGAGUCCGUAUUUGACAUACAAGAAGAGACCGGAACCACUACAGUGUUAUCAAGCUCGUGUAUUACAAAGGAUGAUGAAUUUAAGAGUACAGUGGCUGUAGAAAAUAUAUUUCUGCAACAGGACCGAGAGCUGGAUACACUAGAAAUAAUCAAGCGAGAGGAGGAUCAGGAAUUGACAAAAUAUACGAAUGGGAGGUAUAAAUGUGUGAAAUGUGAUAAAGAAAUGGAGAAGCUUUCGUUUUUGGCAAUCCAUCACCGAAGUCAUACCAGCAAAAUACACUUUACAUGUCCACAAUGUCAAUGCAUAGUUCACACGUUAAACGACUUAUCCAACCACUGCCAGAAACAUUCCAUGACGCAAAUCUCAUGUCCCAAAUGUGAAGAACGUUUUGAAGACUCGAGGCUUUUUAAGAUGCAUCUCGAAAUACACAUAAUUGAGAUGGAAGGGAACGAUAGCGAGAAACGAGUGGAUGACGAAGAGUUGCCUGAUAUUGAUAGAGGCCUGUUAUACGACGAAAUUCACUAUCUUAACGAGAUAGUUCUGGUGCGUUCAAUGGGUAUAUCUCGGUCUAGCUAUAGAGAAUCGUUCCCAUGUAAGUACUGUCCGAUGGUAUGUACAAGUAAAGUUCGUCUGUCUAUACAUUUGCUUGCUCAUAAAGAGUAUGCUGCUCUAACCACCGAUAAAUUAGAAGUAUCACCUAUCUAG